GCUUGAAAUUUCCACUCGCCUGCUCGCCAAUGGCGAGUGAAAAUUAUGGUGGGGGUGAGUGUGUCCCCCAGGACCGUCUUGCUGAGCAGGCUCGGAGCUCAGGCCGGAUCUGUCACUGGCACUGGGAGCCGUCAGACUGCUCAAUAGCUGAGCGCAGUGAAAGCAAAGCAAGGAGUGUGUGCUGUGCUCUCUGCCUCCCCCUAGAGUGCAGUACCCAGAUCUGUGAAGGAACAACGAAGUACUGCAACUUUUUAUGGGUGUGUGUGUGUGUGUGUACAUGUUUGUGUGUGUCUGUGUAUGUGUGUAUCUGUACAUGUGUCUGCGUGUAUGUACAUGUAUGUGUGUGUGCGUGUGUACAUGUGUCUGUGUGUGUAUGUACGUGUGUGUGUGUGUUUGUGUGUAUGUACGUACAAGUGUGUGUGUGUACAUGUGUCUGUGUAUGUAUGUACAUGUGUCUGUGUGUAUGUACAUGUGUCUGUGAGUGUGUAUUUCUGUGUAUGUACAUGUAUCUGUGUGUAUGCGUGUCUGUAUGUGUGUUUGUACAUGUGUCUCUGUGCAUGUGUGUACAUGUUUCUGUGUGUGUAUAUGUGUGUGUGUAUGUACAUGUCUGUGUGUGUGUGUACAGGUGUCUCUGUUUGUGUGUGUUUGUUGGUGGC